GAGGUCCGCCACCAAGGUAACGUCCAGGAAGCUACUCUUCACAUCAGCUCCUAUGCUCACAGCCAGUUACUUAAUUCAGGCUAAAUUUCCCAACGUCCGUAUAUAAAAUACAUUAAAUAUUGUGGUCAUAAAUGAUGUAGUCUUUUAUCUCAGAACUCCAAGUGAAAUAGUUUUGCUGCAGACAGAAACAGAGGAUGAGUUUCGAGGCAAAACGAUGUGGAGUGCAGUUCAGUCCUCCCUCUGUAGUGUUAAUUUAUGAAGACAAGGAAACCAAAAGGGUCCGAAAAAGAAUAAUACCUGUGAGGAACUUCUCCAAAUAUUCUGACCACAGCAUGGCCGCUGAAAGGCUGAAGAACCACCCUCGUCACAGGGACUACCUGGAGGGUGUGUCCCAGAGCCAGCUGGAGAAGCUUCACAUCAUCCUGCGAGAUCACAUGCAGGGCUUGAGCUUGGAGGAAAGCCUGACCUCAUUCCGCCUGGACCCUGAUGAAGACCUGAACAAACUAGACGAUGAGAAGCUGGCUCGCAAGAAGGGCCAAAUGGACGAAAUGUUUGAGAGAAACCGGAGGCGCAAAGACGAUCCCGACUUUGUUUACAACGUGGAGAAGGAUUUCACCAAGACGACUCAGGAAAAGUGCAGCUGGGAUGAGGAGUCCGAUGAUGGAUUUUAACACUGUUCUCUGACCUUUCAGAGUGGAAUUUGCAGAUCACGUGACAUGCUGAUGUUGUAUGAGAUAACAAGGGGAUCAGACAGCUGACCUUUGCUACAAUGAUACAUGUCUAUCUCAACUUAUACACAGAUGCUGAAUAGCUCAUUUGAGGGAAUAUCUUCCUGAGUGAUGUAAGGAAUACACACUUGUUUGCCUGUUGAUUGGGUACACAGUCUAAAGUUUUUUGCAAUAAAUUCUACCUUCAUGAAGCUGUUAAUA